UUGAAGCAUACUCGUAAUAUUAAUAGUGAGCACUUGGUCACGUGACAAUUGAUUUUGUCAAGUAAAUUUAUCAAGCGUACCCAUUCGCUUCAUAGAAAUGGCUACUACGGAAGUGGAGCGCAGGCGAGGCCAGCUGGCUGCUCUUUCCAUUGCAGCCGUGGUCAUCAUUAUUGGAGUCCCACUGUGGUGGAGAACAACUGAAACAUACCGUGCCUGGUUACCUGUCAGCCAAAUUCAAGAGCUAGCUAAUUUGGAGCUACAGUUGAGCGCUGAUGUGGAGGUGGUGUUCGCACGUGGAACUGUCACACCAGAGCAGCAGAAGAAGAUCCCACUAACACUAUCACAGGACGAUGAGCAUGUAGUAGAUGAGGAUACAUCUUUGAGGUACAGAUAUGAGACAAGGUACCGCACAGCCACCAUCAUGGAGGAGGAUGCUCUGAAUCAACCCACUGCUGCAGAAGCAGAUCUGUCACUGCACAUGCUCAGCGAAAGUCCGUGUGGCUCUUUGGUUGUGUAUGUGGUCCCAGAGUCAACUUCGCUGCUACCGGAGGAUGUGGAAGUGUACAUCGGUCAGCGACGGACAGCUUUGUUGCGUAUCGGUACUCAGAUGAGGGUGGGUAGGACACUGGAUCAACUGUUGGAUCACCUUGAACCUCGGAUCAAGAAAUUACUGCAAUUAAUGUCCUUCAGCCAUACUGACAUCACUGCCGCUCUCAGUGACAGAGUUCGUCUCAGCCCUGGCAACAAAGAGAGCAUUGCUGACAGCAUGAGGGCCUUUAAAUCCAGUCCAGGUUAUGAGAUAACCUUCAGUCUGUUGAACCCGGACCCAAAGUCACACCGGCUUCACUGGGACAUAGAGGGGGCUGUGCAGACCUUCAUCCAGCCUUUACUUACAAAGCUUGAACCUUUGGCCAACUUUAGCAUUGACUCUCAGAUCUUGUACUAUGCCAUGCUUGGUGUCAACCCUCGUUUUGACAACAGCCAUAAUGCCUACACACUUAACGCUGACAGCCUUGCCCAUGUAAUCAACCCUGUGGAGGCCAGACUGGGCUCUAAUGCAGCAUCUUCCAAUCCAGUGCUGAAUUUUCUGCUGUAUGUCCCAGAUGCCAACCACUCACCUCUGUACAUCCAGGACCGCAAGAAACAACAAGUGCCUUCAAAUGCAUUUCACUCACCACGAUGGGGCGGCAUCAUGGUCUACAAUGUUAAUAGUUUUUAUGGCCCGGAUGUUGCUUUUCCUGUUGACAUCAACAUUAACAUGGCCAAAGUCAUGGGAGUCUUCCUGGCACAACUUCGACUGCUGCUCGGGGUACAGUCUUCUACCCCGCCCCCUGGCUUCCUGGUGGCACCAUGUGGGAGUUCAGGACUUGCUGACUGGGAGCUAGACCGCCUCAUGUGGAGCCGGAGUGUAGAAAAUAUAGCAACAGCAACCACCACCAUCACGUCCUUGGCACAACUGCUGGACCAGAUAGGCAACAUUGUCAUCAAUGACAAUAUUGCCCAGCAGGUGUCCAGUGCUGUCACUUCUCUGCAGCUAGCAGUGGCAGAGCUGGAGUCAGGGAACCUUGGCUUUGCUCUGCAGUACAGUAAAGAGGCCAUCUUGGCAUCAGAAAGAGCAUUCUUUGACCCAUCGCUCCUCCACCUCCUUUAUUUUCCUGACGACCAGAAGUUUGCCAUUUACAUACCGCUGUUCCUGCCUAUGUGUGUACCUAUUUUACUGUCACUGCUCAAAAUUGCAUCUGAGGUGAGACAGAGACGCAGGGAUAAACAAACUAAGACAGAUUGAGAAACACUGGAAUUUGAAGAUGUGAUGGACAUGUUGCACUGAACAAAACCAUGUUGUAAACUAACUGUUAAUGUCAGUGGCCUUUACAUCCAAGUAUGAAUGUAAAUAGACACUGGGUUUUCACACUCAUCUGUAAUUUUAGUUGUGGGGAAGUCCUUUUGGUUCAAGGCUGUGGCUGUUUUUAAUGGCCACAGCCUGGCUUUUUAAUGCUUGGAUUGUUGUACAUUUGUUCAUGUAUUUUAUAUUUGAAUUCUCCUCACUUUUAAGUUAUUAAAAAGAAAGUUGUACACAUA